AUGGGCGCCCAGCCGCGCGGAGUCCGCGUCGCGAAGCUCUUGCCGCCCUGGGCGCCGUCGCCGUUGCUGCUGCUGCUGCUGCUGCCAGUGGCCAGAGCCUCCGACGCCGAGCAUCGUCUGUUUGAGCGGCUGUUCGAAGAUUACAAUGAGAUCAUCCGGCCAGUGGCCAACGUGUCUGACCCAGUCAUCAUCCAGUUUGAAGUGUCCAUGUCUCAGCUGGUGAAGGUGGAUGAAGUAAACCAGAUCAUGGAGACCAACCUGUGGCUCAAGCAAAUCUGGAAUGACUACAAGCUGAAGUGGGACCCCUCCGACUACAAUGGAGCGGAGUUCAUGCGUGUCCCUGCACAGAAGAUCUGGAAGCCAGACAUUGUGCUGUAUAACAAUGCUGUUGGGGACUUCCAGGUGGACGACAAGACCAAAGCUUUACUCAAGUACACGGGGGAAGUGACUUGGAUCCCCCCGGCCAUCUUUAAGAGCUCGUGCAAAAUCGAUGUGACCUACUUCCCAUUCGAUUACCAGAACUGCACCAUGAAGUUUGGUUCCUGGUCCUACGACAAGGCAAAAAUCGACCUGGUCCUGAUCGGCUCCUCCAUGAACCUCAAGGACUACUGGGAGAGUGGCGAGUGGGCCAUCAUCAAAGCCCCCGGCUACAAACAUGACAUCAAGUACAACUGCUGCGAGGAGAUCUACCCGGACAUCACGUACUCACUGUACAUCCGGCGCCUGCCCCUGUUCUACACCAUCAACCUCAUCAUCCCCUGCCUGCUCAUCUCCUUCCUGACUGUUCUUGUCUUCUACCUGCCCUCCGACUGUGGCGAGAAGGUGACCCUCUGCAUCUCAGUCCUCCUCUCCUUGACUGUGUUUCUCCUGGUGAUCACUGAGACCAUCCCGUCCACCUCUCUGGUGAUUCCCCUGAUCGGCGAGUACCUCCUGUUCACCAUGAUUUUUGUAACCUUGUCCAUCGUCAUCACCGUCUUCGUGCUCAACGUGCACUACAGGACCCCCACCACGCACACGAUGCCCAUGUGGGUGAAGACCAUAUUCUUGAACUUUCUUCCCAGGGUCAUGUUCAUGACCAGGCCGGCAAGCAACGAGGGUAACACUCAGAGGCCAAGACCCUUCAAUAGCGCUGAGCUCUCAAACCUGAAUUGCUUCAGCCACAUAGAGUCCAAGAGCUGCAAAGAAGGCUACCCCUGCCAGGACGGGCUGUGUGACUACUGCCACCACCGCAUGGUAAAAAUCCCAAAUUUCAGUGCCAAUCUUACGAGAAGUUCCAGUUCUGAAUCUGUCAAUGCCAUGCUCUCCCUCUCUGCUCUGUCACCGGAAAUCAAAGAAGCUAUCCAAAGUGUCAAGUAUAUUGCUGAAAAUAUGAAAGCACAAAAUGAAGCCAAAGAGAUUCAAGACGACUGGAAGUAUGUUGCCAUGGUGAUUGAUCGUAUAUUUCUGUGGGUUUUCAUUCUGGUGUGCAUUUUAGGGACAGCAGGAUUGUUUCUGCAACCUUUGAUGGCCAGGGAUGAUGCAUAAGCACUAAACUGUGUGUUACUUACGAGGUUACUUAUGUGUGUUGGGGGAGAGGGGGGCUCACUUUUUUUAAUUUUAUUUUUUGUUGUGGUAAAAUAUACUUAGCGUAAAAUUUAUCAUCUUAACCAUGUUUAAGUGCACAGUUCAGUGGUAUUAAAUAUAGUCACAUUGUUGUGUAACCAUCACCACCAUCCAUCCCUAUAACUCUUCAUCAUCUUGUAAAACUAUAGACCAGUUAAACAGUAACUCCCCAUUCUCCCCUCCCACCAGCAACCAUCAUUACACUUUGUCUUUAUGACUUCGACUACUCUAAGUACCUCAUAUAAGUGGAAUCAUACAGUAUUUGUCUUUUUGUGACUGGCCUAUUUCACUUCACAGAA